UGUCACAAAGACAAGAGAAUUAGAAUUGGAUACCGAUGAUCAUCCCUCCAAACGCACAAAAUACGAUUCACAACCGGCCAAUGUCAAAUUGGCCAACUGAUAACCAACCAUCGAUAAAUUUGCUUCAAUGAAUGAUUCGAUCCCCAUUUUUCUAUUCCAUUGGAAACGUUUUCUUUUUCCCUCCUCCUUCUUUCAAAUCGCUGUAAAAACCUUUUCAUACAAUUAUAUAUAUACACAUAUGUUGCAAUUUCGUUCAUAUCAGACAUUUCGGAUACAGACUCGAUAGUUGCGUGGAAUGAGAUCAUUUUACUUUUUCGUGAAAUGCUAUGAAA